AAAGGGCCAAGAUAUGUUGUCGUUAUUGACAAUUAUGCGGACAAAUAAAUGGUUUGCAUAUAUGUCGCGGUGUGACUGUGUACAUAUAUAUAUAUAAAACGUGAGAAGCGCCAAUGUCGAGCGGGGAGUAAAGCGGGGGAAGGAACUCCCGGCAUAGCAUAAAGGUGACUCCUCGCAGCGAAAACCUUCCAUAUGCCACUUAGCGUCCCGUUGAGUUCGGCAAAGUGUCCGGUAAAGCAGAGAUAUCCGUUCCUUCGACGAAACGAGACAUAUAGAAAAUAGAGUGUCUCUUUUUUUUUCUUGUUCGUCCAUCGAUAAGGUGUCCAAGUCCACGAUUAAUUAUUAUACCAUACGUACAUAAUACAGUACCAUAAAGGAAAAAUAUAGCGGACACCUCACCCGCGUGAAGACCUGACUAAAACGUUGACUAAGAUUUAGGUGUACAUGUUUGACACCUUAAAGAAAGUGCACUCGAUUGCUUCCCGAUUUCUUUUUUCCUUCUAAUCAAACGCAAGAUCAUAUCAAUGCAGACGCGAAGUGCAUUGUCGUUAUUGCUUGUGAUGUCGGCGAUGUCAUUGUCGACGUAUCUUCUUCCUGAAGCGGACGCAUAUCCCUCAGAUCUUCUCAAGGAUGAUAAAGGUCAGGAAAGAAGGGGCCCGUCUUCGUCGCAUAGUGAACUCACUCAGGGAAAAGAGCUCGGUAACGAGAAACACCAAGACGAGUUGGAAAAGUUGCAAAAGAUCUUUGGUAUACGUGGCCAGGGCGAAAUAUCAGCCCAUCGUAAGAUACCACCUCAGUUCAUGAUGGAACUGUAUAAUAUUAUCGCCGAUGAUAAAGGCGUCACACGAGGACGAAAUCCUUAUAAUGCUAAGAUCGUACGGAGUUUCAUCGAAAAGAAUACCUCCUUGCCUCAUUUUUAUUUCUUUAAUGUAUCCGGCCUUGAAGAAAACGAAUCGGUUUUGGAAGCCGAGUUACAUCUUUACAGAAAGAAAACGCCAACUAAAUCAAUGCAUCCUUUGACGCUUACGUCGCCGUAUUAUUCGAUAAGAGUCUAUCAAGUGUUAGAGAAAAGAAGUCUUGCUGUACCGAAUCUUCACAAGUUACUCAAUAUUCAUUAUGCUGGAAUACAUACUUCAGGUUGGCAGGUGUUUAACGUUAAAGAAGCUGUACUUUCCUGGUUCAGCGGUGAUCCAAAUCUUGGUCUCUUGGUGACGGUCACGACUUUGUUCGAUGAUGAAGUAAACAUCGAGUUUUCUCGACGAAAUGAAUAUCAUCAUAACAAGCAACCGAUCUUGGUUCUUUUUAACGACGAUGGUAAAGAACAACGACCUAGAAUGAAAAUCGUUCCGGAUUACUAUCCUUAUGGGAAUGACAAUAUCGACCAAGAUAAAUUACUUUAUGACGGUGUAAACGAUAAGAUUAAUUUGAAAGAAGAGUAUGACGAGCAUCUUCAAAAACAGGAAAGACAGAGAGACGAAGUUGAAGGAACGUCAGGAAUAAGAAGACGCGAAAAAGAAUUUUUUUCAAGAGAGAAAAGAAAACAGGACGAGUCAGAUUCAACUUGGCGGGAAGGUUCCGUAGAACGUGAUCGACGUGAUACAAAAUUAACCAGAGAACGUCCUAAGAAGAUUAUCUCGCGUAAAACGAAGACGACGCAUGUUUUAACGUCGAUGGAUAUUUACAAGAGAGCAAUGCUUCGGGAGAAAUUAAAUAAGGUCUCCCAAAGAGGAGCUAGCAGGAAUCAACGUAGAGCGAAAAGGUCAACAAAACAAAAUGUUUUGUUGGGUUACAAAAACACGACUAUCUGCUCGAGACACGAGCUUUACGUCGAUUUCGAAAAAAUUGGACUAUCUUCAAACAUAAUUGCGCCUAAAGGAUACUCUGCAUAUCAUUGCAAAGGUCUUUGCGAGCCACCGCUGAGCCAGAAUCAACAACCAACAAAUCAUGCCACCGUACAAAGUAUUAUUCAUAAGAUGGGUUUGGUGGAAGGCGUUGAAAUGCCUUGUUGUGUACCAACGAAGCUAUCUAGCACCAGUAUGCUUUUCUACAACGAUAACGAAAACGUUGCUCUGAAAAUAUACGAGGACAUGAUAGCUGAACAUUGUGGUUGUCAUUAAUCGAAUAACGCUUGUUUCGAUCGAAAAUUGUUGCUCGAUAUUUUCCUGAAGAGUCCAUGUCAAAAGGACACACAGAUUAGUGAUCGUACGAACGAUUCGUGAGUGUUCUUCAGGAUUUCAAGAAUUAUGACUAAGAAAAUAGAUUAAAUGUUGUAUAUUUUGGGUUCUCGUUGGUUCUUUUAAGUACUUACGUCUUCCUGAAAGAAAAAUAAAAGAAAAUUAUUAUUUCUACAAUAUCGAGCGUUAUUUUCGCAUAAGUCGUCGUACAUCGACAAAGUCCUGUUUGUAAAUAAGAACAUUCCCAAGUAUGCGUACACCUAAACACAUAUACACACGCACGCACACAAACACAAGCAACGUUGUAUUGUAAUGUAAUCUAUUGUAUUGUUAUAACGUAUCUCUGUAAAUUAUUAUAAUCGUAAUUCGUAGAUAUAGAGAUGAUAAGAUUCAAUUUGUAUAUAUAAUAUCUCGUGAUAACUGCAUUAGAAUUAUUUAUAGUAAAAUAGUAGAUAUACAAUAAAUGAUAUUUAAAC